ACUUAAUGGGCGGUUCAGUCGAAAUAAAAUAUUGCAUCCAACUUUUUGUGAAGCUUCUAAAGUCUGCUGGGUUCUCUGAUGUGUCACCUGAGAAUAUUAGACUCGCAAAGUAUGAUCACCCAGAUGCUAUUCCUUCGAUGCUGCGCCUCGCAUUUGAGCUCGUAUAUUUUUCUAAAUAUGGAUGUGUCGAUAGUUUGUGUGCUGAAGGUUUCGAAAGAUUUUCCGACAUAGAAAUUCACAAAUUCGUCUCGAAAAACUUGUUCAAAUGUAAUUUUCCACUAAUUACUGUACAUAAUCAAGAGAUUAAAACCUCAAGAACUCUGUUUCUAGGUUCUAUAUGGAUUCUUGUUUCGUGUGCUAUUCUGUCUCAAGUUGAAAAGAAGCUGAUGUCUGAUGUUGGGAAAUUGUUAGGAAAAAAUCUUUGUGAACCAACCGCAGUGGAAGUUGGUGAUUCUUCCGAAGAUGAUUCAUCACUACCCCGAUUAAUUUGGUUAAUUGGGCGUCUUAAAAUCCAGAUGAAGCAUUUAUUUCAUUUAAAAAGUGAAACAAUGAACGCCUUCCUCAACUUUUCAGGAGAAAAGCCUGAAUUCGUCUCUCCAUCAAAUUGCUGGGUCUUGCGGAAUCCAGAUGCUCUACGUGAGUACAUCCAAAAUACUCAAGAUUGUAUCUCGAAAGUACGUACAGUCUUAUCAUGGAAGGAAGUGAGUCACACAUUUUGGCAGUGGACUUGCAGUGUUAUAGAUGCCCACUCAGUUGACUCAUCUCAUCCACCUUCAGAUGAUGAAGUACAUGCCUGUGUUGGUAAAUUUAAUGAACUAAUUUCCAACCUUCAUUUUUCUAUUGACAAUUUCAUUACGAAGUAUCCUUUUCUAAAUGAUAUGCAGUUAAGCCUAUCCAAGAAUCCAGAGUGUGAGACUGAUAUUCCCACCGAAAAUCUUCUUGUAGAUAUACACAAAGAACUGUUUUAUUUGAUGGAACAUUUAACCUGUGUAAAUUCCUCCGAUGACCCUACCUUGCAACUUUAUCAUUUUCGAUACAAUAUUGUGAAUGAAGAAGAGAAGAAAUUAAAAAAUGGAGAUGACGGCGACUACGAUUUUGUUUUGGAAGAUGAAUGCAGAAAACUUAAGUCAAUAAUUAAUAAUCUUAGGACUAAAAGUGAACAUAUCAAACAUGAGUUAUCUCAGAAGCUUCAAAAGAUGUCACCAGAUGAAUAUAGAGAGAGUAAUUAUCUUAAAAAAUGAAAGGAUCAACUGGAUUUCAAUAUAUUGAUCGUGACCGGUUGCUUUUAGCUGUUCAUAUUGCCAAACGUGAUGUUAAGUGUUUAUCAUCUAAUGAUUAUGAAGAUAAUGCAUCAAUCUAUGAUGCAGCUCAAAAUUAUAACGUGAAACCUAUUUCACUCUCAGUAGACGACCAGUUUGACCAAAGUUUAACCAAAGUUAAUAGAAACUUACGACGAAAAUGUAAACCGAUUUUAAGUACACCCAGAAUAUCAGCUUUAAAAGAUGAUUCUCCACGUAUAAUAUGUAAUUCUACAGCUGAUACUAUACAACAACGAACAUGUGAAAAUAAAAUGCCAGCACGUAGUGAUUCUCCACCAAUAAGAGAUACAGACAGCUGGACUCCAAGUCGUAGACGUGCUCUUCAUGAACCAACAGAAAGACAAUUAAGAAAUUCUCAAGAAUCUAGAAUACGUCAAUUACAAGCCAAAAUGUCUCAGUAUUCAGCUGCAUUGGAAGAACUUCAACAAAAUUAUUUAUUGGACAAAGCUUCACCUCGCGAAUCCAUAAAACACAGUGAAAUUGUGAAAAAACCUCCAGUAAAGCGGUCUAUAAAUAGACCGAAAUCAUCAUCAGUAUCAGGUUCAAUUAUACGUACAAAACCGGUAAUUCUGCGUCCUCGUUCAGUUCAUGCGUCGUCUAAUACAAAGUAUCCAAGUAAAUUACAAAGAUCGACUUCAUUUAAUGGUAGAAAAUCAAAAGACGAUCACUAUUCAGUCUCUUCAAAUCUUAUUUCAUCAGAUGUUGACAAUCAUUAUGACUCUAAAAUUCAUUCUCUUUGGAAGGAAGCUGUUGAUUCGCUUAAUUUAAAUCGCUCUGAUGUUGUCAUCCUUCAACCGGAUAAAUCAGACACAUUCAGGGAAGAGAAUUUACAGCGACCCGUAUACACAUCUGUCAAUAAUCAUCACAGUAGAAUUUCAUCUAGCCAACCUGAUAUCAAUACAAAAGAAUCAUAUUCUACUCAUGACAAUGUACUAUGUUCUGCUAUGAGAGAAUUAUUAUUACAAAUUGAUGAAGCUGAAAUUGAAGAGAAUGAAAUACGUCGUCGAUGGGCUAAUAAAUUAACUCCUAUUAGUAAUGGAUUACAUUCAUUGACUAAUUACAAUCCUCCUCCACCUGUAAAAUUCCAAUCAACAUGUACAAAUCAUAAAUUAGAUACGUGUUCCUCGCUACAUGGCGAUUUUCAUUCACACUUGAAGUACAAACCGUUUACAUGCCCUAAUCCUUCAAAUGAAUCUAUUCAAUCAUCAUUCAGUAAAAAGGAUGCGCCUGAUUCAAAGAUGGAAUCACUGAGUAUUCCAGAAGAUAAUAAAUCAAGUGCUCUUUCGCAUUUUCCUCCACUUAUACUCCCAGUGAAGCUACAUCGUCAUCUAUUACAAACGAAAACAAAACGUGAUUCACAAAUUAAAAAUAUGUGGUUCUAUCUAGGUCCAUCAACAACUUUUAACAAUCUACCAGACACUCCUGUUGCUCGUGUCUGUGAAGAUCUAACUAAGGAUUUAAUUCAAGAAGCCAUUGAUGAGCUAUAUCAAACAAUUGAUCACACUGCAUCGGAAUUAGUAGAUGAAUUAAUCAAAGCUGAACUUCUACCAGAAGCCCCGGAUACGAGUAUCUCAUUUGACAAUAGAUGUGAAGAUGAUCCACAAUGUUUAUCUACACCUGCACUAUUUCGUCAGCCAGAUUUAAUAGUACAUGAAUUCGACGCUCCAUUAUUAUCUAAGAAUUGUGCUGAAGAAAAUCAGAAUACUUCAAAUACUACAUCGAUUAUACUAGAGCAUGAUUCUAAUUUAUCCGGUGAACAGUCAAUUGAUGAUGAGUUGUCAACCUGUCAGAAUAUUAGAAAUGCUAGUGAAGUAGACGAGGAAGAAGAAGAGGUCAGCGAAAAGUACACCUCAGAAUUUGAGCAAGAUACUAUCUCGUAAAUGUCUUUCUUUUAUUGUUAAUUCACGACGUUAUGCACAAUUCCUUCCUUAAUGUUAACAGUUUUGUAUUAAUAAAAAUUUAUGUUAUCUACUUUAACUACUUGUAAGUAGGCGUUUUUGUUUUGUGUAAGUUUCUCAUAUACAUGCAUUCCUUUCAACCCAUUGUUUUGGCGAGUUAAGUUGCGUAUUGUUAAUGUACC